AUGUCCGUGCUACUCUCGCACUCCUGCCUCCUCUGCUUCGCUUUCGGGUCGGUCCUCGUCCUCGUCUGCCCGCUUCUCGACACUCUCCUGCGAGUGAACGUGCCCACCCACGAAGCGCAGCUCUUCGUGCGCCACUUUGGUCUCGCAUUGCUUCUCCUCGGCGGAGUGUGCACACGGUCACAGCCAUUUGCUGCCGAGCUUGCGCCGCUGCUCCUGGUGUGGCACACGGCUGUGACCGCCGCCUUUGCUUGCGAGAUCGUCAUCCUUCGCGUGUGGAGCUCAUCGCCCACCGCACGCACCAUCGCCAUCGUCGCCACUCUGCUCCACGCGGCUAUCCUCUGCGAGGGCCUGCUUGAAGCGGCAGAGAGGAGCGCACCCUUGCUCACCACGCACGGCGGCAAGGCUGUCUCCUCGGCCGCAGCCAGCGGCACGGCAGCUUGGCAAUGCCUCGCCGCUGCCGCCGCCGCCGCCGCCGUCGCCGCUGUGGUGCCAGUGCGCGCCCGCCGCCGGCGGGAGAGCCUCUCUGGCGAGCUCGUCGUCAUCACCGGCGCCGGCGGCGGCAUCGGUCGCCACCUCGCCCUCGAGUUUGCCCGCGCCGGCGCGCGCCUCGCGCUGUGGGACAUUCGAGCAGAGGCGCUGGAGGCGGCCGAGUACUGCGCGAGCAAGGCGGCGAUGCCAGCUCCACGAGGGGCGGCGGUCGGCCAGCUCCACGAGUGCCUGCGCUGGGAGCUGCGCGCGCGGCAACCGCCGCACGGGCCGGACGCGCGGCACGUGCGCAGCCUGCUCGUCCAGCCGUACGCCGUGCGCACGCGGAUGAUUGACGGCGCCGCGCUGCUGGGCGAGGGAGGGGCGCCGUGCCACCGCCGCUUCGCCUGGCUGGGGCUGCUGCUGCCGCCGCUCCGCCCGGAGGCCGUCGCGCGGCGCGUCGUGCGCGCGGUGGUGGAGGGGGAGGAGCGGGUCUACAUCCCGUCCAUCGUCGGCUGGGCGCCCACGAUCCUCAACCUGCUCCCCGCGGCCGCGCGCGACGCGCUGCUCUCGGUGUGCGGCGCCGCCGACGGAAUGCACGGGUUCCGAGGUUGCGCGCCGCCGCCGCGGAGCUAG